AGAAGCCAGGGGAAGAUGGCCGUGCCCUGUUUUUCGGUGUGAGGCAGUGGCGGCGGCUGCGGCGGUGGGGACGGGAUUCUGGUGUCGUGGGCACCUGAACUCUAGCUCCCCCCAGCGAGCGCGCGUCCCUUCGUGCCUAGGCGAGAGCCGGCUCUUCUUCCUCCGGGAGAUGCGUUUGUCCCGGGCUCGGGGGCGCCCUGGGAGUUCAUGCUGCGCUGGAGUAUCCUGGCCACCGCUCUAAUCGCCUUGUGCCGCCGCAGCGCAAGCUUCGUCGCCAGGGGUGAACCUCCUGGAUCCCCUCUCUGCCCCUGGCGGCGAUGACCGGGGAGAAGAUCCGCUCAUUGCGGAGGGACCACAAGCCCAGCAAAGAAGAGGGGGACCUGCUGGAGCCCGGGGAUGAGGAAGCGGCGGCUGCCCUCGGCGGCACCUUUACCGGAGGCAGGAUUGGCACAGGCAGCAGCAGCAAGGGCGGUAGAGCCUGUCAUAAGAUCUUCAGUAACCAUCACCACCGGCUACAGCUGAAGACAGCUCCGGCCUCCUCCAAUGCCCCCGGCGCCCCGGCCCUGCCGCUGCACAAUUCCUCCGUGACUACCACCUCCCAGUCCCCGGCUCUUUUAGCGGGCACCAACCCCGUUGCUGUCGUCGCAGGUGGAGGCAGUUGCCCCGCACACUACCCGGUGCACGAGUGCGUCUUCAAGGGGGAUGUGAGGAGACUGUCCUCUCUCAUCCGCACGCACAAUAUCGGGCAGAAAGAUAAUCACGGAAACACUCCUUUACAUCUUGCUGUGAUGUUAGGAAAUAAAGAAUGUGCCCAUUUACUUUUGGCUCACAAUGCUCCAGUAAAGGUGAAAAAUGCUCAGGGAUGGAGCCCGCUGGCGGAAGCCAUCAGUUAUGGAGAUAGACAGAUGAUUACAGCUCUUUUAAGGAAGCUUAAGCAGCAAUCCAGGGAAAGUGUUGAAGAAAAACGACCUCGAUUAUUAAAAGCCCUGAAAGAGCUAGGUGACUUUUAUCUAGAACUUCACUGGGAUUUUCAAAGCUGGGUGCCUUUACUUUCCCGAAUUCUGCCUUCUGAUGCAUGUAAAAUAUACAAACAAGGUAUCAAUAUCAGGCUUGACACUACUCUCAUAGACUUUACUGACAUGAAGUGCCAACGAGGGGAUUUAAGCUUCAUUUUCAAUGGGGAUGCGGCACCCUCUGAAUCUUUUGUAGUAUUAGACAAUGAACAAAAAGUUUAUCAGCGAAUACACCAUGAGGAAUCAGAGAUGGAAACAGAAGAAGAGGUUGACAUUUUAAUGAGUAGCGAUAUUUACUCUGCAACUUUAUCAACCAAAUCAAUUUCUUUCACACGUGCCCAAACAGGAUGGCUUUUUCGGGAAGAUAAAACAGAAAGGGUAGGAAACUUUUUGGCCGACUUUUAUCUGGUGAAUGGACUUGUUUUAGAAUCAAGAAAAAGAAGAGAACAUCUCAGUGAAGAAGAUAUUCUUCGAAAUAAGGCCAUUAUGGAGAGUUUGAGUAAAGGUGGAAACAUAAUGGAGCAGAAUUUUGAGCCGAUUCGAAGACAGUCCCUUACCCCUCCUCCUCAGAACACUAUUACAUGGGAAGAAUAUACAUCUUCUGAAAAUGGAAAAGCUCCUCAUCUGGGUAGAGAACUGGUGUGCAAAGAGAGUAAGAAAACGUUUAAAGCCACAAUAGCCAUGAGCCAGGAAUUUCCCUUGGGAAUUGAGUCAUUAUUGAAUGUUUUGGAAGUAAUAGCUCCCUUCAAGCACUUUAAUAAGCUUAGAGAAUUUGUUCAGAUGAAGCUUCCUCCAGGCUUUCCUGUAAAACUAGAUAUACCCGUGUUUCCUACGAUCACAGCCACUGUGACUUUUCAGGAGUUUCGAUAUGAUGAAUUUGAUGGCUCCAUCUUUACCAUACCUGAAGACUACAAGGAAGACCCAAGCCGUUUUCCUGAUCUUUAACUGACACAGAAAAUGAUGCCAUUCAACCAAGGAAAGCUAGAGAAUGCAGAGACCCCAGAAGUGAAUUCAAAUAGAAGGGACAAAUGUUUUCAUCGAAGAAAAGGGAAUUAUGUUGGAUCGACACAUCAGUGAUAUGAUAUAAUGAAAUGGGCCUCUAAUAAGAAUUCCAGCAAGUUUCCUGAUGUGCCAUUUUCAGUCUUUUUAAAAAUAUACAUAUUAUAAGUGUAAUAGUUUGACACCUUAAUGACCCCAAGUCCUUCUUAUGUAAAACAGCUAUGAGUGCUGUGAUUUGUUUUUUAAAAUUUUUACACUUCUUGUUGAAAUAUAUAUGCAUAUAAAUAUAUCUAUAUCUAUAUCUAAAACACUCCUGGACCAUUAACAUAAAUUAAAUGUCUUAAGAGA